UUGAAUGCAACAUUAACCACCAGACCAAUAUGGCGACAUGCAUGGGUAUGGUUGUUAGAAUUGGGGGUAAUGCACUAACUGCGCUGAAGCCGGUAGUCAAACAGUGCUCAAGGCAGAGGACAAGUGUGUUCACCCCCCACCGUUUUUCACAUAGUGUCCGGAGCAGUUUGUACGAACAUGUCAGUGAAGGUUAUAGUGACAAGCCCGAGCUGGACAUGCGAGCAGUGUGUGAAGAGACCGAUAAAGUCAUAGCAAAUGUAGCGAACAGGAAGGGUGACCUGCAAGCGGAUGAUGUCAGGAAAAUUGUAUGUGUGUGGCAGGAGCUCCAGACAGUGAGAACAGAAAUCUCUGGGCUGGAAGAGCAGAAGAGAGACAUCAGUGAUACAGUCAAGGCAGUAGUGACCAAGAACAACAAGAAAGCCCUUGCCAGUCUUCCAGAGUACACUCAGGCUCUGCAGAAGGGUCGAGCCAUCCGCAACAGACUGAAUGAGCUGUACACCAAAGAGAGUGAGCUGGAAAAGGAACACUAUGGACGAGCGCUCAGACUGCCCAACACCACACACCCUGAUGUGCCGGUGGGAGAUGAGAGCCAGGCAAGGGUGGUGGAGCUUGUUGGACAGAAGCCAGAGUUUGACUUCAAGCCCAGAGGCCAUGUUCAGCUGGGGGAGGAGUUGGGUCUUAUCAGGCAGAAACACCUAGCUCAUGUCUCAGGCCACAGGUCCUAUUAUCUGAGGGGAGCAGGGGCCAAACUUCAGACUGCCCUCCAAAACUUUGCCCUUGACACGCUGCAGCGGCGGGGCUUCAUUCCCAUGGUUGUACCUGACUUGCUGAAGGGGGUAGUGUUUGAGGGUUGCGGGAUGCAGCCCAACGCCCAUCGCUCUCAGGUCUAUUCAGUGGACCCGGCUCGUUUUACAGACCUCAAUCUGGCUGGGACUGGAGAAGUUGGGGUGGCAGGCUAUUUCAUGGAUCAUGCAGUAAACUGGAAUGACCUGCCUGUCAGGACGGUGUGCAGCAGCACCUGCUACAGAGCAGAGACAGACACAGGCAGAGAGCCGUGGGGGCUCUACAGAGUACAUCACUUCAACAAGGUAGAGAUGUUUGGAGUGACAGCAGAUGAGACAGGAGAAGAGAGUUCUCAGCUCUUGGAGGACUUUGUGUCCUUGCAGAAAGAGAUAUUCUCUGCACUGGAGCUACACUACAGAGUGCUGGACAUGCCGACAGAGGAACUGGGUGCUCCAGCACACAGGAAGUACGACAUUGAAGCAUGGAUGCCUGGGAGAGGCAGCUAUGGAGAGAUUUCCAGUGGGUCCAACUGUACAGACUACCAAAGCAGACGCCUCAACAUCCUGUAUGAAAGAGAGGAUGGAAGCCUGCAGUACGCCCAUACUGUGAAUGCUACAGCAUGUGCCAUCCCCCGAACCAUCAUUGCUAUCCUGGAGACUCACCAAACCAAAAAAGGAACAGUGCGUGUCCCCAAAGCCCUGCAGCCUUAUUUAGGUCUAGAAGUGAUCGAGAAGCCAAAAUACACUCCACUGAAAUACAUCGGGCCCAUUCAGAACAAUCGACCUAACAGGCCUGCUCCCAAAUCCAGAUGACACAAACACCUGAGGUGGGAGCCAGUUCGCAUUCAACACCACCAAGCCAGACAGGAAGUUGACAUUAAGUAUCCACGUGUAAUGACGUAUCAAUGUUCUGCGGUGAUGGAUCAGAAUUUAACCUUUCGGCUUACUGUCACUGUCAACGUAUUUCUCAGUAUAUUGUCGUGAAUGUCAUGUUCUUGAGAGCUGAGUUCAUGAGAAGGUGAACUUCACCUUCUUGUGUUCACGAGUACACUAGAAGGACCAUUAAAGAAAUAG